UGUAAAAACGUUGGAUCUUAAGUAUGUUUGUGAAAAUUAUAAGUAAAUAUCUGUAAAAAUUUAAUUUUAAUUAAUAAUGUCCAAGGAAAAUAAACCAACUCCAGGUGAUGGCUUAAGAUCAGUUAGAACAACGAGUCUCUUUCGGGUCGUUAAUUUCGAACUGUAUACGAAACCGAAUGUAUUUAUAAUGGGUUUCGGGCUGAUUGCAAUUGUGGGAUGUGCAGCUUACAUAGCGUACAUGAGAAAAAAAUAUGAAGGGUUGGGAUACUAUGGUGCAGUUAAAGAAGAUGGGUCUGAAGAAUUUGUAAAAAAAAGAUCUAGAUGGGAUUAA